CUAUUUUCUUCUUUCUAAAAUUCAGAGAAUCCACGCGAAAAAAAAAAAAAGAAUCAUAUUUACGAAGUUUGUUAUAAUUUUAGAGAGAGAGAAGCUGAAAGAGGAGCGAGCUACUCCUCUUCUCCGUCUCCGGCUCUGCCCCAAACCUUCAAAUUGACCCAAACCCUAGCUUCAAUGUUUGGGAUUUUAUUAUUGUUAUAGAUCCCUAGAGCUCUGUAUUCGCUCUCAAAUCAAUGGCUGCCGACUUAGGGCAACAGACGGUGGACUUCUCCACCCUGGUCAGUCGUGCCGCUGAGGAAUCCUUCCUUUCCUUGAAGGAGCUCGUCGAAAAAUCCAGGGCUUCUGACCAAUCCGAUACUGAGAAGAAGAUUAACAUUCUCAAGUACGUUGUCAAGACCCAGCAACGUAUGCUCCGACUCAAUGUCCUCGCCAAAUGGUGCCAACAGGUUCCGCUGAUACAGUAUUGUCAGGAACUUGCUUCCACUCUGUCGAGUCAUGAUACUUGUUUCACCCAAGCUGCAGAUUCAUUGUUUUUUAUGCAUGAAGCGCUACAACAAGCCCGUGCUCCAGUUUAUGAUGUUCCUUCUGCAGUUGAAGUGCUCCUGACAGGAAGCUAUCAACGUUUGCCCAAAUGCAUAGAAGAUGUUGGCAUGCAAAGUACAUUAAAUGAGGAUCAGCAAAAGCCGGCUUUGAAAAAGUUAGAUACUCUUGUAAGAUCUAAAUUAUUAGAAGUUUCACUUCCUAAAGAAAUUUCUGAAGUGAAAAUUUCUGAUGGUACUGCAUUGGUUCGUGUAAAUGGGGAAUUUAAGGUGUUAGUUACUCUUGGCUACCGCGGGCAUCUAUCAAUGUGGAGGAUAUUGCACUUGGAGUUGCUCGUUGGUGAGAGAACUGGAUUAAUUAAGCUGGAGGAAUCACGGCGUCAUAUUCUUGGAGAUGAUCUGGAACGCAGAAUGUCUGCUGCAGAUAACCCGUUUGUAAUAUUAUACUCGGUUCUUCAUGAACUUUGUGUUGCACUUGUUAUGGAUACCGUCAUUAGGCAAGUACAAAUUCUUCGACAAGGAAGAUGGAGAGAUGCAAUUCGAUUUGAGCUCAUUUCUGACGGAAGUGGCUCAUCACAAUUAAAUCAAGAUGGAGAAGCUGAUUCAUCUAGUCUUCGAACACCAGGAUUAAAAAUUAUGUACUGGUUAGAUUUUGAUAAGAACACCAGUAUGCCUGACUCAGGAUCAUGCCCAUUUAUUAAAAUUGAACCAGGACCAGAUUCGCAGAUUAAGUGUCUUCACAGUGCAUUUGUCAUAGAUCCUUUAACUGGGAGGGAGGCAGAGUUUUCGCUUGAUCAAAGCUGCAUUGAUGUUGAGAAGUUGCUUCUAAGAGCCAUAUGUUGUAAUAGAUACACUCGCCUCCUUGAAAUCCAGAAAGAUCUUAACAGAAAUGGUCAGAUAAGUAGAUCUGCAGGUGAUAUUGUUCUCCAGUCUUUUACUGAAGAAUCUGAUAUCGACUCUAACAAGAAAGACUACAAGGCAAAUGCCAGAGAAUGUGAAGGACAGGAAAUACUACGUGUGCGUGCAUAUGGAUCAUCAUUUUUCACAUUGGGAAUAAAUAUUAGGACUGGUCGCUAUCUUCUCCGAUCAUCACAGAAUAUUAUUGAGUCAUCAGCAUUGUCAGAAUGUGAAGAGGCAUUGAAUCAGGGAAAUAUGAGUGCCGCUGAAGCUUUCAUAAGCUUGAGAAGCAAAAGUAUUUUGCACUUAUUUUCAUCAAUUGGCAGAUUUUUAGGCCUUGAGGUCUAUGAACAUGGACUUCCUGCAGUUAAAGUGCCCAAAAACAUUCUGAAUGGUUCAGCUUCAUUACUGAUGGGGUUUCCAGAUUGUGGAAGUUCUCAUUUUCUGCUGAUGCAACUUGAUAAGGAUUUCAAACCUUUAUUUAAAUUGAUAGAGACUGAGUCAAACCUACCUGGAAAAACUCAUGUUAAUGACAAUAAUCAAGUAAUACGCAUUAAGAAAAUUGAUAUUGGCCAGAUGCAAAUACUUGAAGAUGAAAUGACUUUGAGCUUGCUAGAGUGGGGAAAAUCACAUUCUUUUAUGCCAAGUGCUGGAGCUGCAAAUCAGACUUCUGAAAGUGGUCUUCUUUCAGAUCUUAGCCUUGACGGUUCUAUGCAGACAGCUGGAGGUCCUCCAUCAAGUUUCUCAUCACUUGUUGAUGAAGUCUUUGAACUUGAAAAAGGAUCUUCUAUUCAUAAUGUCUCCUCGCCAUUCAAUGCAUCUCCCAUAUCUCGUUUUGGAUCUAUACCUGUAAAUCUUCACUCCAUAAAAGCUGGUACACCCUCUCCUAAAUGGGAGGGAAGUUUGCAAACAUCACAAAUUGCAAAAAUUUCAAGUGUAACCACCCCUUACUCUGGGUCCUUGCAUUCUUCAAGCAAUUUUAAGGGCUCAACACAUUCCAAUUCUUUUGGUCAUAUAUCAUCUGUUUCGGGAAGGAUUUCUGCUGGUAAAAAACUAUCUGCUUCAAAAUCUGAGCAGGAUUUGGCUUCUCUUAGGUCACCACAGUCAGCUGAGUUUGGUUCUUGUAAUUCCAUGGAUGAAGAUCAUUUGAGAUCCCAGAAUGAUACUUCAAAGGAUAUAUAUGGAAGGUCAUCUCAACUCUUAUCGCCACCUCGACCCACUGGCCCUCGAGUCUCUGGUUCAAGUGUGAAAGCCAGUGGACCCAGAAUUUCACCUUCUCAUCCUCUAAUUGGAUCUUUCAAGGUUGCUGGAUCAAACUCAUGUUCAACUCUCGUAUCACAGGUAUUGGAUUCGGCAAUUUGUCACAGCCCUAGUUAUGAUGUUUCAAAACAUGAUAAAAAUCCUCGGAAGCGUACUGUUUCACAAAUGUUGAAUUUGAUUCCAUCACUUAAAGAUGUAGAAGCCAAUUCAGGAUUCUGUAAGAGAAGGAAAAUAUCAGAAGCGGUUGGUGCUCAUAACUCAUCACCUCAGUUACUUAUGUCAAUGGAAAUGGUUUCAAAGUCUGAUGGAUACAGUUACGGAAAUCUUAUAGCUGAAGCUAAUAAAGGAAAUGCACCUUCAACCAUUUAUGUGUCAGCUCUUCUUCAUGUAGUCAGACAUUGUUCUCUUUGUAUCAAGCAUGCCAGGUUGACUAGCCAAAUGGAGGCACUGGAUAUUCCAUAUGUUGAAGAAGUAGGUUUAAGAAGUGCUUCCUCAAGCAUAUGGUUUCGAUUACCAUUUGCGAGAGGUGAUACAUGGCAACACAUUUGUCUGCGGCUUGGUAGACCUGGAAGCAUGUAUUGGGAUGUCAAGAUAAAUGAUCAGCAUUUCCGGGAUUUGUGGGAGCUUCAAAAAGGAAGCAAUUGCACACCAUGGGGUUCAGGUGUUCGCAUUGCCAAUACAUCUGAUAUAGAUGCUCACAUCCGAUAUGAUCCGGAAGGUGUUGUUCUCAGCUAUCAAUCUGUUGAGACUGAUAGUAUAAAGAAAUUAGUGGCAGAUAUUCAAAGGCUAUCUAAUGCAAGAAUGUUUGCCCUUGGGAUGAGGAGACUGCUUGGAGUUAGGGCUGAUGAGAAGGCCGAAGAAAGUAGUCCAAGCUCUGAUGUUAAAACACCAGUUGGAGUUAAAGCUUCGCUUGAGGUCGUUGAUCGGUUAUCAGAACAGAUGAGAAGGGCAUUUAGGAUUGAGGCGGUUGGACUAAUGAGUUUGUGGUUUAGUUUUGGAUCGGGUGUUGUGGCCCGUUUUGUUGUGGAGUGGGAAUCUAGUAAAGAGGGAUGCACAAUGCAUGUUUCUCCGGAUCAGCUGUGGCCUCAUACUAAGUUUUUGGAAGAUUUUAUUAAUGGAGCUGAAGUAGCAUCACUGUUGGACUGCAUUCGUCUCACUGCGGGGCCCUUGCAUGCUCUUACAGCUGCUACUCGUCCUGCACGGGCUGGUCCUAUUCCAGUGGUCCCUGCAGCAGCAGCAGCAGCACACUCUUCUCUCCCAAAACAAGCUGGGUACUUAACAUCCCAAGGUCUUCUACCGAGUAGUUCGACUACAAAUGUUAGUCAGGGUCCCUCUGGGACUGUAGGGAAUCCUGUAGUAGCUACCACUCCCAGUCCUCUUGCAAAUCAUAGCCUUCAUGGAGCUGCAAUGUUAGCUGCCGCGAGCCGAGGUGGCCCUGGAAUUGUUCCCAGCUCAUUAUUACCUAUUGAUGUCUCAGUUGUGCUGCGGGGCCCCUAUUGGAUACGAAUUAUAUAUCGCAAAAACUUUGCCGUAGACAUGCGAUGCUUUGCUGGGGAUCAGGUUUGGUUGCAACCAGCUACACCACCAAAAGGGGGCCCCUCAGUUGGAGGGUCAUUGCCUUGUCCACAGUUUCGGCCAUUUAUUAUGGAGCAUGUUGCCCAAGAAUUGAAUGUUUUAGAGCCUAAUUUUGCUGGUAGUCAACAGGGAGGUGGUCUGGCAGCUAAUCAAAACCAAGGUUCUGGUGUGCAACUCUCAUCAGCUAAUGGAAGUAGGAUCAACCUUCCUGCUUCUGCUGCAAUGGCAAGGCCAGGCAACCCAGUAGCUGCUUUACACCGUUUGGGUAAUGUUCCCCCAGGAUCCUCAAAUUUGGCUGUUAUAAACUCAGGUGUUCCUUUACGUAGACCACCUGGUACAGGUGUUCCUGCACACGUGAGAGGAGAAUUGAAUACUGCAAUUAUUGGGCUUGGAGAUGAUGGUGGCUACGGAGGUGGUUGGGUUCCUCUUGUUGCUCUUAAAAAAGUAUUAAGAGGUAUUCUCAAGUAUCUUGGAGUCUUGUGGCUAUUUGCUCAGCUACCAGAACUUUUGAAAGAGAUCUUAGGGUCCAUCUUGAAGGAAAAUGAAGGUUCUCUUUUAAAUCUGGAUCAGGAACAGCCUGCCUUGCGUUUCUUUGUAGGGGGAUAUGUAUUUGCAGUAAGUGUCCACAGGGUUCAACUUCUUCUUCAAGUGCUUAGCGUGAAACGAUUCCAUCAUCAGCAGCAGCAACAGCAGCAACAAAACUCAACCACUGCUCAAGAGGAAUUAACUCAAUCUGAAAUUGGGGAGAUAUGUGAUUACUUCAGUCGCCGUGUCGCAUCAGAGCCCUACGAUGCAUCCCGUGUUGCAUCAUUCAUUACUCUUCUUACUUUACCUAUAUCAGUGUUGAGAGAAUUCUUAAAAUUAAUUGCAUGGAAAAAAGGUUUAGCUCAGGCACAAGGUGGAGAUAUAGCCCCCGCACAGAAACCACGAAUUGAAUUGUGUCUUGAAAAUCAUGCAGGCUUGAAUAUGGAUGAGAGCUCAGAUUCAUCUGUAGCCAAAAGCAAUAUCCAUUAUGAUCGACCUCAUAAUUCUGUUGACUUUGCACUAACUGUUGUUCUUGAUCCUGCCCACAUACCUCACAUUAAUGCUGCUGGUGGUGCUGCUUGGUUGCCUUAUUGUGUAUCUGUGAGAUUAAGAUAUUCGUUUGGUGAAAAUCCUAACGUCUUUUUUCUUGGCAUGGAUGGAAGCCAUGGUGGUCGAGCAUGCUGGUUUCGUGUUGAUGAUUGGGAAAAGUGUAAACAGAGGGUUGCUCGAACAGUGGAAAUCCAUUCACCAGCAGAUACUACUCAAGGAAGGUUAAGAGGAGUCGCAGACAACGUGCAAAGAGCUUUAAAUGUGUGCCUUCAAGGGUUGAGGGAUGGUAGUGGGGUAACAAGCACUGGAUCAACGUGAGUAGUCGGAUUGCCCAGAGUUGUAUAUUGUUUUUACUAAUUUGGGUUAUGUUGGUCACAUAUGGAUGUGUAGAUUAAUCGGGGCGGUUUUAUGUAUUUUCGGUUCUGCAAAUUUGUUGCUGGAGGAGUUUGCCAGUGAUAAAGGAGGUGAAUCAAUCAGAGAAGUAAAUCCUGGGAAUAGGGAGAUGAAGUCUGAAUGUCUUGCAGAAAUAGUGGGGGCAUGUAGAGCUAAAUGGGGCUUCUCUCUUUCUUUUGUUUUUUAGCUGACUUAGAUCUUCUGAUGCGUAGAGUGUAAAAUGUAUUGGAGAUAGAUGGUCUAAUAAGUAGUAGGUGUACAAUGUUUUGAAGAUACAAAAGGGGUCCCCUAUGUCAGAAAAAUUAUUAAGCUGCUUGUUUGGCUUGUAUAGAUGGGUCUUGUCGUGCACACAGCUCUGUAAAAAUUUUGUUCUGCUGGACGAGUUCAAUACACCCCUAUAGAGACUAUGCAGAAUGCUCACAACAUUUUUCUUAAUCUCUUUCGACAGAAAAUUUUGAUUCUUUUUUGCGGUUGUCACUUUUGUAGUUUAAAAGAAAGUUGGUUUACAUUUUUCUCUCGUGGUUCAUUAGUAGUAAUACCAUUGCGUACUGGAAAGCCAAGUUUGCUGAGAUAUUUGUAAUAUGUAUGCUUUGAUUAAUGAGUAAAGAUUCUGACCAA